CGUAUUUUUCAGAGGUUUUACCAACAAAUUAAAACAGCUUACUCUGUCACUAGGGUUUUACUUCACACCACCAUAAACCAAUUUACGAUGACAACUCUAACCCAACAACAGGUUCUGCAAGGAAAUACUACUAAAACAACUGAUCCAAACGGCGUUACAUCUCUUACUUUCACACACAGAAGUAUCUCCGAUGUUUCAUGCUUGGUUGAAUUCAAAAACUUGGAGAGAUUGGACCUCUCUUUCAACAAUUUAUUCUCUCUUGAGGGGUUGAAACCGUGCGUGAAUUUGAAGUGGUUGUCAGUCAAGCAGAACAAGCUGCAAAGUUUGAAAGGGAUUGAAGGGUGUGUAUGUCUAACGGUACUUAAUGCUGGCAACAAUUUGCUCCAAUCAAUAGACGAGGUCAGCAAUCUUGUGAGGUUGCGUGCACUAAUCUUGAAUGAUAAUGAGAUUUAUUCAAUUUGCAAGCUUGAUCAGAUGAAAGAACUGAAUACUUUGGUCCUUUCAAAGAACCCAAUACGUAAAUUUGGUGAUUGUCUGGGCAAGGUUAAUUCUAUCACAAAGCUAUCUCUUUCAAAGUGCAAAAUCCAAUGUAUUGAUCCUUCAAUCACGUCAUGUAAACUGUUAAGAGAGCUCAGACUUGCUCACAAUGAGAUCAGGACUCUCCCAAAUGAGUUGAUUCAGAAUACGAAAAUCCAAAAUCUGGAUUUGGGAAAUAACUUGAUAAUGAGGUGGUCAGAUAUCAAGAUACUUUCUUCAUUGACAAACCUAAAAAACCUGAACCUAGUUGCGAACCCUGUUGCUGAGAAGGAUGUAGCAAAAAAGAUAAAGAAGCUGGUACCAAGCUUACAGAUAUUCAAUGCAAGGCCAAUUGAUAAAACUACAAAAAACGUAACGGUUGGUGCAGAUGAUAAUCAUAUGGUUGAUGCUGCUGGGUAUAUUGAGAAGAAAAUGCCACAAAAGAUAGAGAAAAAUAUAACAGAUAAACCAACCAAAUUUAAUAAUGAGGAAAAAUCCACUUUAGUAGUUUUGAAUUCUGACAAAAAAUCAAAGCGCAAAUCAAGUGACUUAAAAGACAAACUUGUCUCAGAGGAGGAAGCUAUAACAAAGUCAAAGAAAGUCAAACAUGACGAAGACAACAAACUUGACAAAGAGGAGGAAACAAUAACAAAGUCUAAGAAAAUCAAACAUGAUGAAGAAACUGUGCAUCAUGAUUUCACCGAGAGCAAUGAAAAGAGAGAUGAUGGCGCAGCAGGAAAGAUGAAAAAGAAAAUCAGAAGCAAAAGAGGAGGUUCCUUUGCUGUGCAUUUGCUAAGCCCAGAGGCUGAUGUGGGGUCAGGUGGACCUUCAGCAUGGGAUGUGGAUGGUUAAUAGCUAGGUGCACCUGAUCUCUAUAGAACAUUGAAAUGAUAUGGAAGCAGGUUAUGAUGACUAGUGCGGUUUGUAUUUUGCAGAUUGGUUUACAUGUUUUCACUUUUCACUGAUCAUAGUCAAGUAUCUCAUGAUUUAUAGUUUUUUUUUUGCAGUCAUGUCUGUUGUACACCAGUGUUGUUUCCCGUUAAUGAAAUUUUUUUGCCCAUUCUUAAAGAAAGUGUUUUUUUUAAAGCAGCCUGUAGUUUUUGGCAUUUUCAAA